UUUCGCCUAUUCCAGGGUUUCGUGAGUUCGGGCUACGGAGUGAAUGGAAUAGCACACAAUGCCGGUCCAGCGCCAAGUCCGCUGGGACAGUUACCACCAAAUGAGGCAUGCCAGGCGGCCCGAUGGCCACCAGCCGGUUUCUUCCCGCCAUUCAUGGGAGGUCCCCGGUAUCCUCCAGGUCCCCGACCCGGCGUCCGAAUGCCCCAAGGAAUUGGAAACGAUUUCAAUGGUGUAAGUUGACCUACGAUGUAACAUUUUAAUCGAUCA